AUGAUGGACGAGAGCUACUUCGCAGGACUACCUGCUCAGGCUUCAAAUAGCGGACUGUUUCGACUCUCACCGUCCUCCUACGGCCAAGAUCACCACGACUUCCCCUUUCAAAGCACAUCCUCAUCUGUCCUUCAUGGCGACGGUCAUCCUCCGUUCAUCUUCGACGUUCAAAGCGACACUAAGCAUCAGCGAGGGGAGACGUCCGGCAACGCCUUGGCAUCCAGCACACCUCUUUUCGUGGGCGAGGAUCUGGACGUAGACGACGAAGACGCCCGAUUCGACAGUCUAGGCCUCCCCAAACGUAAGAGAGCUCUGCAGCGUCUAUCUUUAGCAUCUUCGAUCGCCAGCUCCGUCCCUUCGACGGCGCCAUCAGAGACGGACCUGUCGGAGUACAACGAAGGCGAGGCGGGGGUCAAGGAGCGGAGGACCGUCGAUUUCGACGACACGACCGUCGGUCGCAGCUCCAGUCGCUUGCCUGACCUAGUCCACUCUCGCUCAAACUCUACCAUGAGAGAAGGUCCGACUGCGACAUCCGUCUUUACAGCCUUCAACCUCUCAGAUUUCAUCUCUGACGGUGCCGCUGGCGAGGACGAUUCGGCCUCACCGUCAGCUUCCGCCGCCCCAUCGUCGUUUGGUCACGGGAUCGUUGAGGACAAACCACUUCACCCUCAAUCCUUGACUGCUUCCAGCUUCACUACACCUCAACGUCCUGGCAUGCACCGUGACUGGUCGUCCCUGUCUGCGAGUGACGCUUGCUCUGAAGACGGCGUCGAGAGACUCCGUGUCCCUGCAUCACCCUACUCGCCCACAAGACUAAGCAACAGCUCCUCAUCAUCUUUGGCCACAUCUCACAACGCAGCUCUGGACCUUGCAACCGCUUCUGCCGCCAGCAUGCAGCUGUCCUCGCCGAUGAUGCCCAACAAUACCUCCCUCGCACCAGCAGGUCACCACGUGUAUCAGACGCCCCACGGACACGUGCCCGCGAACAACGGACUGGGUUUGUCAUCACGGGAUGGUGUCAACACCGCUGGGGACAUGCAACGGUCCAUGCCAAAUCCCCACGUCAACGCCGGCAACGCUUCAGGUCAGUCACUGACGGCCUGCAAUCCAGCGCACAUCAGCCCCGCAAAUAUGGCGCAGCCACAAGGCAUCUGUGUAGGCAACUCGCCCUCCGCUCAGCACUACUAUCCCAGUGUCAGCAGUGGAACGAGUGGAGUCACUUCGCCAGUAACACUGGAGCACAGUGGUCUCGUCUACUACCCGAGCAGUACACCGAUCACACCGACCUCGCCGUUCCGCGGCAAUGAAAAGGAUCUCUGGAGUGCUGCGCCACGCGAGACUCCUGCGUCGGAGAUGGCGCACGGAGAGAUUGGUGUGCCGAUGUUGUUUUCACACUCUGCUCCCAACCAUCGGACCUCAUUUUUGCAGCGCGGCUGCGAGUCAAGUCCGCCAUCGCCCCUCGGGCCUGGUCACCCUUUGCGCCUUUCGAGACCCGCUGCCCACCUCGCCUCUCAGCAGUCGUCGCCUUAUCACGGUCCCCAUCUCACGCGACCACCUCAAGCUAUGCUGCCUCCGCAUGCCACCCACUUGUCCAGCUCUUUGCAAGGUCUGCCCAGCCAGAACCUCUACACGGGUAUCAUCACCAAGCGAUCCAGAGGUCGUCGCGUUCCAAACAAGCCCGAAGAAGUCAACAACCUGGGCAAGAGCGGAAAGAUCUACACUUGCAAAGUGCCUGGCUGUGGGAAAUGCUUCAAGCGCAGCGAGCACUUGAAGCGGCACGUGCGCAGUAUCCACACGGACGAAAAGCCGUACAUGUGCCCCUUUCCCAACUGUUUCAAACGCUUCUCUCGCCAUGACAAUCUCAACCAGCAUGCGCGAGUCCAUGCAGGCACAGCACCCGGGGACAUCGCUUCGUCGUCCACCUCGUCCAUGGGCGGUAGCGUUUCUCCAGCAUUCUCGCCGCUGUCGCUCUCUGCGUCCUUUUCCGACCGUAGAGCAUCGACGCACUCCCUUUCUAGCUUGCGCCACGAGGACCCGGCAUAUGGUUGCGACGACGUUGCUUUCUACGACGCCGACGACGCCGACGAAGAGCAUCACCAGUCAUCCGACUGCGGCGAGCACAAGCCUCAAGGAGCCGACUACGACGUCCAGCACUUCGAUCUGGCGUAG